AUGAUAUCCUGCGACAUUUCUGACACACCUUUGAUUUCAAGAAAUGUAAUAUUAAAUAGGAAUAUGAAUAAUUUGUUUGGAGAUUCGAAUAAUGUAUCUAAAAACAGAAAUUGCACAUGUCACAUGCUGUACAGAUUCAUUAUUGUAUCGAUAAUUUUUUUUUUAUAUGUUUAUCCUCAAUAUUCAUAUGAGUCACAAGGGAAUGUAACUAUGGGACUACAUUUCAGUGAAUAUCAUUCAAGAAUAUUGAGCCAACAAUUGACUAAUUUAAGAACAAUACAAUUACAUAAUCGUAGGAAAUUUGAAGAAUUAAAAGACAAAUAUAUGAAUGAAACUAAAAUGGUUGUUAUGGGAAUGAUCUUUGGCAUGAAAAGUGAAUUAAUGGAAUGUCCUUCAUUGAGAGAAUAUCCUAAUUCAUUAAAGUUUUUUUUGUGGUUAUUGUGGAAUGAUUAUGUAAAUUUAAGAAUGAGUUAUAUAGAAACUCAAGAUAACCGUAGGUUUGAAGAAUUGGAAAAAUCCAAAAAUCCAUAUGAUUCUUUCUCAGAGAUGUAUGAUAAUUUAAUGAAGAAAUGGGUUAAUUUGCGUCUGGAAUUAAGUAAAAAUUUUGUUUUUUUUUUGAGGUAUGCAUAUGUUUUGCUUCAAUAUGCAUAUACGUUCGAAGGGCAAACUGAAUAUACUAUAAAUGCUGAAAAUCUAUUAUUUGAAGGAGUAUUGGGAAUUCCAGGUGCAAAAUUUAUAAAUCGUAAUAAACGUAUGAUAUUACUUGUAAAGAUUGUACCGGACCUAGCACAUGAUGAAAUGACUAAAUUUGGAGAUAAAAAAGUUAAUAGAGCAUUAAAUGAUCUAAUGGGCUCAAUUAGCAUUUUAGAGAAAUCUUGA